AUGGCGCAUGCCUUUCAAACGGGGCACCGCACGCAUAGUUGCGGAGAGCUUCGGAAGGAACAUGUGGGCCAGUUGGUGACUGUCUGCGGCUGGGUGCAGAUGUCCAGAGACAUGAAUCACUUUGCCUUCGUCGACCUGCGCGACCGCUAUGGCAUCACACAGGUUGUGUUUCCCAAAGAAGGAGCGGACGAAGCGGGCCUCCAGCGCUACGAGCAGUCACGAACCCUUGGCCGCGAGUUCGUCGUGAAGGUGACCGGAAAGGUGGUGGAGCGCAUCCAGAAGAAUGCAAAGCGACCGACAGGGGACAUCGAGAUUGUAGCAGACCAGCUUGAGGUCUUGAACGCUUCCUCGACACCUCCUUUCAAAAUUGAAGAUGUGACCGAUGCCAACGAGGACACUCGGAUGCGGUAUCGAUACUUGGACAUUCGGCGCAACCCCAUCAAGGACGCCAUCCUACUCCGCAAUAAGGUCACGCGUCUGGUCCGAGAUUACCUCGGAGAUCUUGAGUUUUGUGAAGUCGAGACCCCGGUUCUCAUCAAGUCAACACCUGAAGGAGCUCGUGACUUUGUGGUGCCUUCACGAAUGAACCCUGGGCAGUUCUAUGCUCUGCCACAGUCACCGCAGACUUUCAAGCAGCUUCUAAUGGUGGGCGGUCUCGAUCGCUACUUCCAGAUCGUGAAAUGCUUUCGCGACGAGGAGCUUCGGGCGGACAGGCAGCCUGAAUUUACUCAGAUUGAUUGCGAAAUGUCCUUCGUGCAGCAGGAAGAUGUUUUGCAGAUCUUCGAGGGCAUGAUUCGCCAAAUCUUCAAGAGCUUGUGUGGUCACGAGUUCCCUCCGUUUCAGAGGAUGGAAUACAGUGAGGCAAUGGAUCGGUUUGGUAUCGACAAGCCUGACUUGCGCUAUGACAUGGAGCUGGUGGACCUGACAGAGGUGAGCAAGGGGAAAAACUUCAAGAUGUUUGAUGAUGCGGAGCUCGUUGUGGGGAUGUGCUGCAAGGGCAUCGGCUCAUGGUCUGGGAAGAAAGUGAAAGAUCUCGAGAAGAAGGCCACAGGACAGGAAGUAGGUGCAAGUGCACUGGUGUGGUUGAAGAUCAACCCCGAUGGGACCUACGACUGCUCUGCGAAGAAGUUUUUCACUGACGAGGACUACGUGAAGUGGGUUGAGAAAGCGAAAGCGAAGCCAGGAGGAUGUGGUCCAGGGGACCUCCUGCUCAUUAUCGCAGGCGCACGCAGCGGCAAGCAAGAGUCCAUGGGCAAGUUCCGGCACCUGAUGGGAACAGAGCUAGGCUUGCGAAGUGAAGGCUUUCGGGCACUUUGGGUCGUGAAUUUUCCGAUGUUGGAGUGGGACGAGGAUGAGGGGCGGUUCACGGCAAAACACCACCCUUUCACUUCUCCCUGGACAGAGGGGCAGCCUUGCUGA